AUGGCGACUAUUGCUCUACCAAGACCGAUACCCCCGCACAGCGCCAGUGCCGACAUCGAUGGCCAUAUUACACCACCUCAUUCACUCGAAGAGGUCAACCAUCAGGUCCAAAACCAACAUAAUCCUGCUCCACUUCCGAACAAGCAUAUCCCAGUGUGUCCAACUGGACCGUCGAAAGUCGACGACGCAGAUACACCCCCAGCAUCUCCGAAAAGCCUUCAUGAAGCAUCAGGUCAGCAAUCGUUGCUUUUUCCUCCCAGAAAUUAUGUCAGAUUAGAAGCAGACGACCUGUGCGUUUUUGAGCUCGAUGCCUCUCAGGUUAACCGGGCCAUCGACUUCGCGUCGAGGCAGCCUCUCCCCUCACCGGAAGUAAUGUUCCCAUGGCUGCAUGGUUUGCACCCAAAAAAUCAUCUUCAGCAAGCCUUCUUCAUGGGCCGAAAAAAAUCUUCAAAAAGGCCGCCAACGGGCAGCCGUGGAAUUUUAUUAGUGAAGGCUAGCGGUGAUCUUUCGACAGCACGGCUGAAAGGCGCGGUUGCCCCUAAUGAGUUCAUGCAAGCCGGUCCCUAUCCCAGAUUCGUUGAGGCGGACCCCCAGGAAGGUUUCUCUGUGAGAAACUUCCAAAUCCAAACAGCGAAAGCGGCUCUCGUAUCCGAUGUCGUCGUCUAUGGAGAGGACCUUACAGCAAGCAGAAAAGUGGCCUGGGAAGUCGCAGCAGCACAGUUACACCAAAAGCAAUCGCAAGCGGCACUGCUGGAUCAGACCGCUGAGUACAACACCUUUGUUUGCACCAGCCCUUUCUCGGAAUUUGAAGACAAUUACAGCGACAUUGUGGUCGUGGACUCUGAUGGCAGCAGUACUGGAAAAGUUCUCGACUUUAUUCAGCAAGAAAGAAACGAGAUGUGGGACAUGACCCAGGCGUCAGAGAUUUCUCAAAAUGUUUUCAUGGGACCUACUCCAGAGCCUGGUAGUCAAGAAGAGCACGACUUUGAUGUACUUAUCGAGUGCAGUGAUCUCGGCCGCCUAAACCCAAGUGCAUUGCAAUCACUUGUCGAGUCGACAGAUGGCCACGGCGGACGAUCCCAUUUCGACUUUCCAUCUUCAGGCAGCAUACUACCACCGACAUGGUCACAAGAUGAAGCUGAUGGGAUAAUUGAAACAUGCAAGUGGAUAUAUCAUUUAUCACACGGCAUUAGACCGACCUCUAAUAUCCACGACGACAUUGCACAGUCAUACGCAACUGGUUCGACCUCUGGAACUCAUGAUGCAAAGAGAAUUCUCAUACAUUGCGCUGACGGAUAUACGGAGUCUACGAUGUUGGGAAUUGCAUACCUGAGCUACAGUACGGGACUACCGGUGCCGACUGCUUGGUUACAGCUACAUACUGCAAAAGGUCGCAACUUUUUCGCUUACCCUACCGACGUCGCGCUGCUGACUGCAAUCGCGCCUCGCUUAUUGAGCGAUUCCCCAGCCUGUGUUGGAUAUAGCCUCGAGCAAAUUACCAACCUGCUACGGGACGAGCCCAAGUGGCUGCCUGGCCUGGACGGUUCACUACCGAGCCGGAUUUUAGAUUACCUGUAUUUGGGCAAUCUGGGCCACGCGAACAAUCCAGACCUCCUGAAAGAACUUGGCAUUGGUCAAAUUCUAAGUGUUGGAGAGACAGCGUCGUGGCGUGACGGCGAUUUGGCAAAUUGGGGCUCGGACAAUGUUUAUAUUGUACAGGGCGUUCAGGAUAACGGAAUCGAUCCGCUGACCAAGGAAUUUCCCGGGUGCCUUGAGUUUAUAGAUCGAGGAAAGCGCCAAGGGACGGCAACCCUGGUGCAUUGCAGGGUCGGCGUAUCGCGCAGCGCCACUAUAUGCAUAGCCGAAGUAAUGAGAGCCAGGAACAUGUCGUUUCCUCGCGCGUACUGUUUUGUCCGUGCAAGGCGUCUCAAUGUCAUUAUUCAGCCUCACUUAAGAUUUGCGUAUGAGUUGCUACGUUGGGAGGAGCGACUGCAACAGCACGGCGACGAAUCUGCUCCCUUGAAGCGCGAGUUGGAGUGGAGCGACAUUGCACGGGAAAUCGCGCUUAUGAAUCGCCCAUAUUCAAGAUGA